GUUCUCUAGCCGCAUGCGCAUCGCCAGCAUCGCUGCAUUUCUCGCGUGUCGCCGCCGCCGCCGCCCGCACUGGCACGCACAACCCCGCACACACGCAAAGACCACAGAGACGUAGAUUUGCGGCAUUUUGUGAUGGCAGGCGUUGUGCACAGUGGAAGCUGAUGCCACUACGCGAUAGGGCGUUAUGUUAUUUCGCGACUAGUUUAUUUUCUUUACGCUGAACACUUAACAAUUCACCGUAUGAACGUAGGUUCUGUAAUUGCGCCGAAAUAAAGCCUGUAGCCAUGCGGUCGUGCACGAUAGGCGUACGCCGUUAGCGCGACUGUCGUGAUCCUCGUGACGAUAUUCUCAAACAGGCCUCCGGACGCACCGGAAAUAAUGGAGCCGACAACAAUACGAGAUUUGAAGCCAGGGAUGAAAAACCUCAGUAUUAUAUUCAUCGUACUGGAAAUAGGGCGGCCAAACAUGACCAAAGAAGGCCAUGAAGUUCGGACGUGCAGGGUGGCUGAAUCAGGAUCAAUUAAUGUCUCUGUUUGGGAUGAACCGGGCACAUGUAUUCAGCAGGGUGACAUUUGCAAGCUUACCAAGGGAUAUGCUUCCCUUUGGAAAGGCUGUCUUACUUUGUAUACUGGUAAAGGGGGUGACAUUCAGAAGAUUGGAGAAUUUUGCCUUCCCUUCAGAACACCAUUUAUGAGUGAACAACCAGAAUUCAUGCAGCAGUUGCAGGCCAAAUUGAAUGCCAACGUGGACCAACGGCGGUCGCCAACUUCACAAGUGGGUGGGGCCAGUGGCGACUCCCUAGGUGCUGCAGCCCUGCCCACCAGCCCCAGGUGA